AUGGGAAAAUGGAAAAUCUGCUGUGGAGUCACAGCGAUUUUGUUCAUCAUUGUCGCAGUGGUUUUCGUUAUCUUGACCUUCACCCUGUUUAAACCCAAAGACCCCAAAAUCACCCCUCAAUCUGUUACCCUGGAAAGCAUUGAUUUGGUGGUUUUCCCGGUGAUCAAGGGGAAUGUUUCAUUGGGAUUGGUGGUCACUGUUGACAAUCCAAAUUAUGGAGGCUUUAAGUACAUGAACAGCACUGCUUAUGUAAAUUAUCGUGGGAAUUUAGUCGCCGAAGCUCCAAUUGAAAGCGACUCGAUCCCUGCUCGAGCAAAGCAUAACAUUAGCACAACGGUGAUAGUCUUUGCAGACAAGUUGGCCACCGAUCCUAAUUUCCCGACAGAUUUUCUAAGUGGGGUUCUCAAUUUUACUUCGUCGACAAUCCUGCAUGGGAAAGUGAGGGUGUUAAACCUCCUUAAGUUGAAAGCUUCAAGUAGCAGCGGCUGCAACAUCUCUAUCUUGGUCCAAACCGAGAGCGUCGAUUCCGUUUGCAAAUCCAAAAUCAGGUUAUAA